CCUCGCCGAUUGGCUUGUGCACGCAUCAUACUCGGAACAUGCUGGCUUCGUUCAUUUCCUAUCGGAUUUGUGGUCACUAUCAUCGGCAUCGUCCCACCCAACCAAAUCGUCUUCACUCUGCACUGAGCUCAGCGUCCCCCGAAAAUGCUAGCUCGUCUCGGAGCCACGCGUCUUCUCGAGAUCCGUCAAGCUCUCCGCUUAACUCCUCAGGCAUCUCGAUCCUUCUCCACUGCCUUGAACUAUCACCUUAAUACUCCGGAUAACAAUCCGGACCUUCCAUGGGAGUUUACGGCGGCGAACAAAGAGAAGGUUAAAGAAAUAAUAUCUCAUUAUCCAUCCAACUACAAGCAAUCCGCAGUUAUUCCUCUGUUAGAUCUUGCACAGCAACAGCAUGGAGGAUGGCUCCCUGUUUCAGCAAUGAAUGCUGUGGCUAAGGUAAUAGAAGUUGCCCCUAUCCGUGUGUAUGAAGUCGCAACGUUUUACUCAAUGUUCAACCGGUCUCCUGUGGGCAAAUAUCAUCUAUUGGUUUGUGGCACAACACCAUGUAUGAUACGAGGUUCACGGGAAAUUGAAGAUGCAUUGCUAAAACACUUGGGAGUGAAGCGCAAUGAAGUAACCAAGGAUGGCCUUUUCUCUGUUGGAGAAAUGGAAUGUAUGGGAUGUUGCGUAAAUGCUCCUAUGAUUACAGUUGCCGAUUACUCCAAUGGAUCUGAAGGAUAUACUUACAAUUAUUACGAAGAUGUUACUCCAAAACGAGUGGUUGAGAUAGUUGAGAUGCUAAGAAAGGGGGAAAAGCCACCGCAUGGCACACAAAACCCACAACGCACUAAGAGUGGACCAGAAGGAGGCAAUACUACUCUGCACGGAGAACCAAAACCUCCUCCAUGUCGGGAUCUUGAUGCCUGCUAAAGCUAUGGUACAAAAAGUGCUGCGGAUACUUGCUGUUGCACAGACGUGAGUGCGGUUAAUAACGGGCAACAAGAAGUGGAAAUAUUUGAUAGCAAUGUCUGAUGAUAAGGACCAGCACCUCAAAGACGCGUACAAAAGCUGUUUGAGUUUGUCCUCCUUGAAUCGAAGUCCCUUCUGUUAAGGAUUCUGUUUCCUGCCCUUCAAUUUCACAUUCGCACCGAACGAGCAUUUCAUGAUUCCAGGAAGAUGGCUGUGUUAACAAAACAGUCGGCUUAGUAACGGUAAUCAACACAACCCAGAUCUCCCAUUGGAUAUGUCUCUCUCCAAUGAUUUCAUCAUCCAAUAACGAUUUAGGAGAAAAAGAAGUCAAAUUGCCUUUUGAAACACCACGCGCACUUUUUAAACAAAGUAGCCCCAUCAUUUUCUGUUGGACUAGAACACCCAGCAUAUUAAAACAACCAGACAUCUACCUUUGCAUUCCAUUUCCUCUGAAAUACACUAUUACAAUAAUAGUAUUUACUUUCAGUCUACCACUUUUACAAGGUCCCACAACCCACUACAAAAGAAUUGAGCUCCACCAGAAAAGUGCUUUCGUCAUUUUCCACUCCCCCACCACUGAUUCCAAAAGAAGAGCAUGUCAUGCGAGCUUUGAAAACUCUCCUCUCACUCGAACCUGUAGAGCGCCUGCGUUUUUCUAGGCAUAGACAUCGAACCCCGUUUUGAAAAAAGGCUGGAAAGAA